CCAGCUCGUGACGUCACCGCAGCCCCGCCCAUCUCCACAGCCUCGGUCGCUCGCCGCACGAGUCCGCAGACCCUCGGCUGCUUGCCGCCGCCGCUACCGCUGCCGCCAAAAUGUCCACAGGUGUGCCUUCAGGAAGUUCAAGUGCUGCCGCUGGCAGUAACCGCAGACUCCAGCAGACACAGAAUCAAGUAGAUGAGGUGGUUGAUAUCAUGAGAGUCAACGUGGACAAGGUGUUAGAAAGAGAUCAGAAGCUCUCGGAGCUAGAUGAUCGCGCAGAUGCACUGCAGGCAGGUGCUUCUCAGUUUGAAACAAGUGCUGCCAAGCUGAAGAGAAAGUACUGGUGGAAGAACUGCAAGAUGUGGGCGAUAGGGAUCAGUGUCCUGGUGAUUAUUGUCAUCAUCAUUAUUGUGUGGUGUGUCUCUUAAUGAAGAUCCUGGUGAAACCGAAGCCUACUGUUCAGGAGCGUUUUCAAGACUUUCUACUUAGAACCUGCUAUGUUAUUGAGCUUACCUACUGUUUUUUGUUUUUUUUUUUUUGUCCAAAUGAUUAUUUUUGUUAGUUUACAUACAGUUCAGUGCCUAGGAAAUGUGCCUUUGUUUAAAUAUACACUCCAAAUGGGGGUGUGAGCUGCCCUGCCCACAUUUUGCACAGUGCCUUCACAGAGCUAUGCACCGACUAGGAAAGAGGACUUCUGUUGCUCCAGAGUGCUGGAGUCAAGGUGGAUGUUGUCACUGAUGACUCGCUGUGGAUUCCAGGAAGGGGAUUCUAUUCAAGUCAGUUGUCCCCACACCUGACAUCGUCUUCAAAACCACAUUUUCAAACCUUUGGGUGAUUAGAUUCCCAACUUGUGCCUUCCAAGAACACUACUGCCUAGUAAACAUCGGUGGCAAUAACAGGGUGAGCCUUAUUUUGAUACUGGCUCCUUUUCCUUAAGAGGACCCUCCUUUCUGUAAGCACUACUGACUCCUGCUGUAUUUAAGAUGCUCUCAUGUUAGGUGUGAAGAUGUUUACUUUUUUGUUCUUGUUGUGUAUCACUUCUCAGAGUAUUUUAAUCAAAAAUAACCCUUUAAAAUGUUUUUGUAGAACUAUGACCAAAGUAUUUUUGCCAAAAGUUAAAUACAAAUAAAAUGUCCAUAAGUCUGUCCCUAAUAGACAAAUUCAAACAAUGUGCCAAAUGUAACUCAAGGUGCCCUUCAAGAAAAAAGUGUUAAUUCUGUGUGAGCCUUCAGCAUUUUUACAGUCCUUUCUGUGCUGUAGAUAAUGCUACUCCUUCAGAUUUGGUUUCUUUUAUAGAGUUAUAGAGGUAAGCUAAAGUCAGACCUAUAGAUAAGGCAUUUAGCCAGCAGUUUGCAGACUGAAGUAGAGGCUGCGGUCACUGGUGCAGUGUGAGCAGCAGCUCCGCAGCCUCACGUCAGUUUGCACAGACCUGAGAUCUUGAAUGCUGUUUCUGCUUUUGCUCAUACCCCACUUCCUAAACCGGUCCUCUGUAUUGUGCUUGAGGUAAGGUAUUGGCCACUUCCAAGUGGAGAGCUAAGCAGAGAUGCCUGUUGCUCUUAAGCCAUAGCUAUUGCCAUCUGAAACACUUUCGUUGUGUGUCUGAGACUUUCAUCAAGGCAUGGUUCAAAGUUGAGAGUUCAGGCAUGAAUGAACAUAAGAAAUCAGUGAGGAAGAAACAGGCUUUCUUUGCCUAUGGCAGUGCCACUAGAAUGCCCUGGAUUUUGUGUGUGCAAAGUGGCAUCAGUCAAGGCAUAAUAGAAUCUGGUUCCAGUUUUUUAUUUGUUCCCCUGACAUUACUGAAACAAUAAAACUAUUGAAAGUGUGCCCCACUAUGGGAAAGCAGCAUCAGCCUAGGGCCUCUGUCCUGGUCUGACCCACAACCUUGGUGCUGUCUCCUCCAUACUCAGACCCAUGUAACUCAUUGGCUCCUGCGUUAACACAGUAAUACCUCGCUUGUCUGUGCAUUUAGCUGGGAACUUUCCCGCUAUGAUGUCCUAAAUAAAGUUGUUUAUUAACAUGA